GCGGAGGAAAUCACUUUACAUCGUUAGCGGAAUUUUAUAAAAACACAUUUUUCGUUUAAAACUUAUCAUAUUUAUUGUGCUUCAACUGUGAUGUAUUGCUCUGUGACGGUGAAAUAAAAGAAAUUGUGUACACGUUCGGGAAAAAUAUUGUUCGAAGCCGGUGCUCGGUACAUGAAAAUACAGGAAAGUACAGGAACGUUCAAUUUUGAAGCAGUAUCACAAUGGAAUCGGAUUUAAGCACCUGUUUGAGGCAGCUAAAAACAUGCCUCGAUACACAACAGAUUCCUCAAGCACGCAGCAUUAUCGAUCGCAUCACACAGCUCAUUGUCGAAAAGGCCGAAGAAAGCCAGGCCGAAACUGAUUUCAAUCUUGAGUGUAUGCUCACCUCAGCGAACGGAUUGGUAGCCUUUCUGAACAAAUCAUUCUCCAGUGCGAAACACUUCGGGAAGGUGAUCGAGAGUACGUUUGAACUGUUUCGUAAAACGAUCGAGAAACAUUCGCCGUUGAUGGGCAAACGGAUGGUGGUGAUUGUGCCGAUAGCCCUACGAUACAUCCAAUCGUCCUCCGUGCCAGCAAGGAGCCGCGAGCUGGCCGCUCUCGUACUGCAAGACAGCGUGGCUUACGGAUGUUUGCAAAACGAAACGUACGCACAGCUCGAUCAACUUCCGGCAGAGCUGCUGUUGGUGUUUCAGCAGGGAAAGCUUCCGAAUCGAUUUCAGCAGAAUCUGUACGAACUGUUGGGCCAGCUUGCCCAAAACUUUCCAGCCAGUAUACCUGAGCCGGAUCGAGUGAGGGACAUAUUUCUGAACGCGGCGGAAAAACAGUUGCUGGAGGAAAACUACCCAUCGCUCGUUUCGUUGGCGGGAGCCGUACGUGGGCUGGAUCUUUUCCUGGUCCAUUUUGCGCCGUCGGAAAACGAUCGAGAACUGCGCCAACGGCUUUACCUGCUGGUAAAAAAGCUCUCCAUCUGGGAAGAAAACCGCUCCGAGCGGGCCGUUUUCCGGAAUGCUCUGCACGUGGUAGGCAACCAUGCAACGCUGUUCUCGUGGCAGCUGUACGCGGAUCAUGUGCACUGGCAAACAAUGCUGGCCGGCAGGUGGAUCAAAUCAAGCAGCCAGGAGGAUAGAGACGCUGGGCUGAAAGCUUUGUAUGCAUUCCACGGAGAGGUCGCCCGUGUAUUGUCCACCCCAGAACUAGCGGCGGAACGUGGGCGCGAAUAUCCACCGAAGGUAGAUGUACUGAACCAGUACGUCAACUACUACAGAAAACUGCUAAGCUCGGCCACUGUGGAUCGUUUGGAGAUUCGGAUUGCUAUCCGUGGGUUCGGAAUCAUGGCCGGUCCCUGUCAACAGUUGGCGGGAGCGUCCAGCAUCUCGCUGAACGAACUGCUCACCAUCGUACUGCAGCGUAUCGAGGGCAUAUGUGAGCGGUCAGCGUCUAGCACGGCUGACAUGCUUGUAUAUUUACCCGACUUCAUUCAAGCUCUGUCGGAGAUUCUUACCCACGUCCAACAGCUCUCCACGGUACAGCUUGUUUCGGUGCAAACGAUGACGGUGGCACUGGUGCGCGAUUUUUACCACAUUUCCACCGCGCACCACGAGCUGAUUGUACGAUCGGUUGUGAGUAUGCUGGAAAAUAUUGGGAAGCUUGGAGGAACUACCCGGCAUCAGCUGCUCGACAGUGUGCUGCUGCAGGGAAUCGUCUGGAGCUGUACACACGCAUUGCCUUUUCCUGCAGCACUUCCCGUACCAUCGUCAAACGUAGCCGCCGGUGAUAUAACGCCCAAAACCGACUGGAAGCGGGACCUGGUAACGUACAAAAACUAUCUUCCCCUGUGGCAGGGGUUGCUGGACAAAGCACAAAGCGCACACGAUUCAUCCGUGCUGCCUGCCCUCUACCGUGCGUUCAUGAACACGCUGUUUGUGAUAGUGGAAAAGCUUGAUCUAUCGACCCGCAAGCGAACCUUCCAGGACGAUGAUGGACAGCAACAGGAGCUGUUCUUCAGCGAUCCCAACAUAGACCUACUACCGACCAAACCGAAGGACUACCACAUCUUUCUCAAUCUGGUGGAACUGUACCGUGACAUGUUGCAUGGUCCGCAAACGCCCGCCGCUGUUCGGGAACUGUUCGCCGAUUGGAUCCGUCCGUACUUCGAGCGGUUCGUUAGACAGUCGCUGAACCGUCCGCUGGUGAGUGGCUUUGUAAAGCUAAUCGAGAUGGGACUUGCAACGGCAGAACGGAUUGGGUACUUUCGACAGCAGGAAGCGCCAUCCGAGGAUUUUCGAACGACGCAAAUCUUACUGGCGUUCUAUCUGGAGCAAACGAUACAGCGUGCACUGUACGCGAUCGGAGAGUUGCAGCUGGCAUGUCUUCGCUUUGUGCUCAAUGCACCGGUACGCUUGCUGGUCGAUUUCAUUGAAGACAAAACCCGCAAGCAACCGCUCAUGGUGGACGUGUUCCGGACCGCAUUCCGUUUGGGGCGAAGUUUACUGUCCAUCGCACGGGCCGCACUGUACUCGCUGCAGCGUAUUGUACGCUUCCGCUACCCACCUUUGCGAGGGGAGAUACGGGAGCGACUGCUCCGACAGGUGCUACCACUCCUGGAACCCUUUCUGCGAACGCGUGACUCCAACCAACCGCCCGCUCAAAGUUUACGGUUGGCCAAAUUCAAGCGCCAACGGACGGCAAACGUGCCGGCAGUCAAGAUUGAACGCAUCAAGCAACAGCAUCGGAUCGAGCAGAGCGUAGACACGAGCGAGCUGGUAACGUUCCAGCUGCGUAUAUUAAACUUUUUCGCCGACUUGCAACCGAACGAAUGCUGCUGGUUGGUGGUGGAUGAGCUGGACCUGGACAGUUCACUGACGCGUUGGGAUGCAGAUAGUGGUCGAUCGCUGGAGCUACGACUGCUUUGCGAGAGUGGCACCCGGCCGUGCAUCAAGCUGGACAGCAUUGUCGGCCGGGUGUGUGAGCUGGCGGUGGAGUGUAGUGACCGUGCGACAAAGCUGGCCGCGUGCGAGCUUCUACACACUAUCGUGUUGUAUCUGUUGGGCAUUAGCUAUCAGGAUCAGCUGGCUGGAUUGUGGACGCAGGUAUGUCAUCAUCUGCUUCAGCUGAGCUGCGAUACAGACCUGGCCGUGUGUCAGAUGUUCGAACCGUUGCUCUUCCAAAUCAUCCACUUUGUAACGCAGCCGUCCAAACUCGGCCAGCAAGGAACGCGAGCCCUUCUCGACUGUCUGCUGGAUGCGACGUCCAACGUGCAGCACAGCAGCACUAUCCGCGACCUGUCCGUGCGCUGUUUGCGCGAAUUUCUCCAAUGGACCAACCGGCAGUGCGGUGGCACUCAACUAUCGAACGAUCGCCGGAAGAUCAAAUGCACCCUGCUGGAGCAACUGAAGACACAUGCGCUGGAGUUGAACGCCUCGCACCGGUACGGGUCUGCGCUGGCCUUUAACAAUCUGUUUCGGCUGCUGCUGCAGGAAGAUUUUCACAUCGUGCGCUACAGCUUCGAGCUGAUGCACUCGUACGCGAUCGGUUUGAUCGUGACGGAGCAGGAGCAGAUCGGACUGUCGUCGGAGGCGAACGGUGGAAGCCAUGGUGCUAUAGUCGAACAGUAUCUACUUGCGCUCGAUCAUCUUGGCAAGCUGUUUGAGCAGCGGAAAGCAUUGUUUAACGGGUGCAGCAGUGACGAAUCCGCCCGGUCCGGUCGUCGGCAGCUCAUUCCAACCGAGCUCGGUGGCGGUGAGAUGGAACAUCUGGUGCGUUGGCUAUUCCGACAGUGCGCCGCACGGCAGCGGCUUUACCGGCGAAAGUGUAUGGAGCUGUUUGCUCGACUUUCGAAAACAGUGCGAGAUGUAGCGACUGCAGUACAGUUUCUUGCGAAACAGUUUACCCACGAACAGAUUGUAUCGAUCUGCCUUCAAGCAGACAGUUUGCAGGGCAUCGCGCGGGCUUCGACGCUGGAAAGUUUACGCAACGAGCAAACGAAUCCUCCCAUUAUAAACAUUUCUCUUUGGUUGGAGUAUUUUCUUGCCACGGUUGAUAUGUACUGUUGGCUGCGAAGAGAAAAGCUCGUAGUGGACGAAUUACUGCAAACGCUUUUAAGGCGCAUUUUGCCCGCCGUCAGGUAUUUCCUUCGUUCGGUAGUUAACUUCACGGUGCAAGAAAUAAUGUCCAACAUCGAGCUGGUCGAAUCAUUCCAGCAAAGGAACUACGAACAGCGUAUGAGCGCGGACAAGUUUGUACGCUUCGAUGCACUGAAAUCGGCAGUCGUUGUUCAGGUUGUAGAUAUGUUAGUGCUUUUGCUUACCAGGCACUCGGAGGACACAGUAUGCUCAGCAGUAGUCUUAGAACUGUGGCAGGAUCAAGCUACGAUCGAGUUUCUUCUAGCCCUUUUGUUCAAGCCGCACCGUCUUGGACAAGACUGUAAUUUUUCCAUCCAUCACGAGGUGGAAGGCGAUCGCCAUCUUUGGGCACAGCUCGAAACGAUAGUAUUGCAGUUGAUUGAGCGAAGCAGCGAACCUAUUGGGCAACGCUUUACCAUUGCACUAACCGAGCAGCUCAUAUCGGUGAUGGAGGAUGUCAGCGAACGGAUGAGAACGUUAUUAAUUCAAAGGACAAUUCACGCCGAGGAUCAGAAGCUUGCGAAAGGAUUACGCUUUAUUGCGAAACACCUACGAAACCGAACACUAUUGGCCAGUACUGCCAAAGACGGCCGGAUUCCUCUGGCUGCUCGCAAGCUGCUUCAAGAUUGCUAUGAAGCCAUCGGACAGGAAAGCGUAUGUUUAGUGUUGAGUCCGUCUGCAACACGCUUUGGGACGAUCGUUUUAGAAGCAAUCUUUGGCUUGGCUGACAGCACUGGCCAUGGAGAUGAUAUCGAUGGGCUGGUAGAAUUCGUCAUCACGUGCAGCUUGAGUGAGGACAUGCUACAGCCAAACAUUCGCCACGGAGAGCACUUUAUCGUUUGCUUUGGUGCGGCAGUUUAUGAACUGUUUCUUCAGAAUCCAUCCAAUUGUUUACCAACGCUCCAAAGCGCUCAAGCCGGAAAACUUCUCGUUCAUCGUUCGCUUUCUGUGCAACCUGAUGGAUUACAGCUAUCGGAAGCAAGCGGCCAACACAGAUUGUCUAAAGUGUCUGGUGGAAAUGCUGCUGGCUGGUGGUUGGUCACCGCUCUUGAGUGUUCGCGCCUUCAAUCGAACCAGUUCGGGGCAUGUGAUGUGCAGUUGAUCGAGCUAAUGUCCAGUGUGGCGAUGAUAUGUCCUUUCCCGUUGAAUGAAAUUCAUCACCGGGUCGAUCCUACCUAUGGCCGAUGGAUAACCGAGCUAAUAGGAAGUACACGGUCCGAGCUCUCGAUAGAGCUGAAAGCGAAAGCCAUCGUACUGCUUCCGACCCUUCUCGGGCCCAACGGAGCACCGGAAGCGGAAUCGCACUGGGCAGAGGUUGAGAAUGCGCUCGAAGCGUUACAGACAAAGCAUUUUCCCCUGCGUUCAGUCGAAUUCCCCCCGAACAGUCCGGAACGGAUAGGAUACCUUAACUGUCUCGAGCGUUUGCUGGACGCGAUGGUCAUUGCCCGUUCGCCGCUGCUGCUAAAAGCGAUCAUUCAAAUGACGGCACCCGAUGGCGACGGGCACAUUGCUGAGGCGGAGCUUCGCACCGCAACCGAGCGCUUUUUUGCCGACCAACCGCACGAAGUGCAAUGCAAACGACUGCUGGAGCUUUGGGAGCUGUUUGCCAACCACGCCUAUGCGCCGGUCGUUCGGGAGACGAUCCUGCGGCGAUAUCUGUGCACCGCCCUGUGGCACUGCCGGUACGAUUCGAUCGUGCAGUUUUACACGCGCAUCAUCCGCGCCCUCUCGCACAACACCAUGGUCGAGAUAAAUGGACGCACCGGUUGGGCGUUGGAGCAUGCGCUAAUCGAUCGUGCGGCCAGCUACCGGCUGGUUGAGCAUUACGCGGCCCUGCUGCCGAAACAGAUCCUAACAGGGGACAACUGUCCGGUGGCACAGGAGCUGUACGGUUCGGCCCACGAUACGCUGGGUGCUCCGGUGCGCGGUCAACGUUUGAUAGGAGACUUUAGCAAACGAGCGCACGGUGUGCGGCGAGUGGCGCUUCCCACGAACGAUCGCACCGUGGCGGAACUGUUCCGCAAGUACCAGUGCGCAGCGUACCGGGCACUGGUAGCACUGAUCUCCAACACGAACGAGGACGCGCGCAUGUACUCGGUGCUGCUGUUUCGCGAGAGCCGCGAGAAGGGAGAAUUCCUGUGGCGCCAUCUCAUCGAUUGUAGCAAUGAGGAGCUGUAUCUGGAGGGCACCCAGGAGCAGGAGCAGCUGUCACGCACGUUCGAAAAGCGUGUUGCCAUUAGGCGGGAAGGAGGAGCAGGAGGAGAUCCGGCGCAACGGAAGCCAGCGCUCAAAGAUCCCGGCCUGUCAGUAGUGAUGGAAUCGUCGCUCAGCCAACAGGUGUUCCGGUUCGAUAUGAGUCACUCGGUGGUGCUGUCCGCGCGCGAAGUCGCCCAAAAAGAUGCUGCCGAGCUGGCCAAACGACAGCAAGGGACGCUAUCGAACGUUUCGCUCGAACGGACAAAGAUCAACCGGCAUGAAAUAAUGGCCACGGUGUGCGGAUGUAUUCGGCACAUGGCCGCCACCAAGGUGCCGCUCGAUUCGGUGGUACACUUUCUCGUCGGCUCGUUAGCCGAUCCGGGACAGCAGAAAAACGUUCGCCUGUUUCUCGCGAAAGUGAUCGACAACUGCCGCAACGAGCUGCAGCCACAUGCGGCCCUGUUGAUAGGGCCGCUAAUGCAGCUCAUCGUGGACGGGUACAUAUUUCGCGGGUUGAACCCGCUGGUGACGGAUUUGAUUGCUCUGGUGCUGGAAUGGAACGCUUCCGGUGAGGCACGCCGUUCCCUAAGGGAAGGUGCUACCGGGGAGAUCGCUUCGCUGGCGAGCGUACUGUUACGAUUUAUUAUGAAGCAUGCCUGUCCGCAGCAAAGUGCACGUAAAAUGGCUGUGCUACGGUUGAACCUGGAACUGAUCCAGGAGGUCAUCGUACAGUGGCACGAAGCGUUGACCGUACCGGCGGAACUGCUCUUCGAAAUGGUAUCCCAUCGGCAGCCCACGGAAGACCGAUCACAGCUGCAGCUGAUUGCGGGCCUGCAGUUGGGCACGAUUGUGCUGCUCAAGGGACGCGGUAAGCUGGUGCCAUGGAUGGAAAGCACGAAGCAGGAUUAUCUGCGAGCAGUUUUACGGUGCUUGGAUCUGCCGGACAGUACCAGCUUCAAGUCGGCCGCACUACUGUUAGGCCACAGUCUGGCACACCUCUACCCCGAUGGUUUCCCGGAGCCCGAACAGCAGACCAGCGAGCUGGAAACCUUCCACACCGAAUGUAUCGCUAAGCUUACCAGCAUCCAGCGCGAGUAUGAUCGAAAGUUUGCCGAAGUUUUGUAUGAAACGGCCAAAGGGUUCCCCUCGAUUGCCGAUCCGUUCCUAUCCGUGCUGAGUUAUCGCUUCCCCAGCGCAUCCGGCGGUGAGAAGCGCCUGUAUCUGGAACUGCUGCUCGGCGGGCGGCUGGAAAAGUUUAACGACGAGCUUUACCGAGAGCUUGCAUCGAUGGAGCUGACGCUACUGCUGCAGGAUGGCGAGCUGCAGCUGCCGACGCUACAUCUGCUCAACCGAUCGGUUUCGCUUGUGCGGGAGCUGGAGCAUCUGCAGCAGCUAGUCGAACCGAUCGGCCGAGUCGCUACGGAACCGAGCACGCCGAACGAGGCCCGAGCAGUGGCGUUCGAAAUAUUGAUCUACAUCCAUGAGCAUCGCUCGGCAGAGCUGUCCGAAGAGUGUCGGACCUCGGUAUGGCGGAACCUGAUACGAGGGUUGUGCGGAUCACACGAAACUGAGCUGGGAUCGAGCUCCAUCCGGGGCAGAAUACUGGAGUACCUUACAGACAGUGGCAAGCUGCCGAGUGACGUCAAGGAGCGAUUCCUGUUUGUGCUAGCGCAACUGUACGAUCCAACCGUAGAGGCGGAAUUCCUUGGCAAUGCGGUAGCCCUCCUGCUCGAUCCGGCCAUCCGGUGCCGCGAGUCCAAGGAUCGCCUGUUUCUGCACGAAUAUCUCAAUGCGGACGUAAAGUUCUGCGAGUACACGAUCGAGACAGCGGCCCGCCAGCGUCACACGAUGACCCUGCUGACGCCGAUGUUUGCGGAAACUUCGCAACAGCGGCAGCUGCAAUCCUUCAUCACUGGCCGAGGCUCGCAGAUGGAGCAACUGAUCCGAGCCACCCAGCUGGGUGGGCUAGACAGUGCAGCGCAGAAGCAGCUCCCGUUCGAACCGACCCAAGAUCCCGGCCGACUCACCAAAGGCAACGAAACGUUUGCAAUGCCAACGCAACAGCACACGCUGCUGUUUGAAAGUAGCGCGCUACAGCUUAACCGCCGUUCGCAGCGCACGGGCAGCAGCACUGACACGGCAGCGCAACAGGAUCGCAGCUUCGAGCGUUUGCGAAAGCGCAUCCUGAAGGACAGUGCGACGAACCGUCAACAGCAGACGGCAUGGGCUGUCAGUCGCCAUUACGCCAGCCAGCGGCAACGCACGGAGCAACGGCGUGACAGUACCUCGAAGGUGACACUGUACCGGCGCUACCGGCUAGCCGACUAUCCCGAUCUGCAGAUCAACCUGCUGGCGUUUCUGCUCCCGCUGCAGGCACUCUGCCGAAGGGAUACGACCUGCGCCAGGCAAACGUUUGUCGCCAUCUUCAACGGUCUGGUGGAGUGUCUGCUGGUGGGAGAUAGCGAAGGUCGCACCGGUUGCAUGGUCGGGGACGAGUGGGAUCGAUUCGUCGGGCGGCUAGACGAAGCGUUGAACCCUAUCCUGGAGUCGACGAAAGCGUGUGAUCCCAAUCUUUUCGGCGGCUUGAUCGAACUAACGCUCGGCAAGGCGUCGGGGAAAUUUACGCUCUCUCCACGCACCAUCGCCUCGGUCGCCGGCACAUGCAACAUGCUACCGAUGGGCGCCCUCUAUCUGGAGGCAAAACUAGCCGACGGUGCCGAGUUUGAUGACGAACCGGUGCGUACCGCCGGCACCGUCUCGUCGGAGGCGGACCAUUGGCUGCAACUGUCCACCCUGUACCACGCACUGCACGAGCACAGCGUGAUGGUGGGCAUAUUCGGCGAAAAGCUCGACAGCGAUCCGCAGCUGCGGGAGGCGAUCGAGCUGGAAGCGCUUGGCCGGUACGGCCAGGCCCAUCGAGCAUACUGCGAGCUGGUCAUGCGUGUGAGCCGGGCCCGGGUCGAUGAGCGCAACUUCUGCUACAAGUCCGCCUUCAACUGCCUGCUGCAGCUCGGCCAGUGGGACGUGUUGCUGGAUGAGAUCGGCAAUCAGGUGACGAACCAUGAGGAGCUGUGGUGCGACGAGUGGAACCAGGAAAACCUGCUCCCGCACUACGUGCACGGUAACGCACUGCUUGUGCUGGCCGGCGAUGAGGGAGGGCGUGAGUUCUAUCGCCUGCUCGAGCAGUGGCUACACAUGCCGCAGCGCGAACGACACAUCCGGCAGGAGUUUGGCGAGCAGCUGACGGCGCUCUACCUGUCCGCCCAGGAUAUGGUACGGGCGCGCCUGUUCGGGGAGCAAACGAAGCGCCAGUUCCUCGACGAAUGGCACUGUUCCGGUGUGCUGUCCGAGCUGGUGCGUACGGAGUGUUUGCUGAGCGUACGCAAAGUGAUCGAGCUGGUUGCGUACAGUGAGCUGCUGGAACGGUCGACCAACGAGCUAGAGCAAGCUGCCGGCGGGUUGAUGGUUUCGUGGAACAAUGCGCAACCCACGGUGACGGAUUCGCUGCUCACCUGGGAUACGUUGCUAGCCUAUCGAAGGUUUCUGUUGGAGCAGCUCGAAACCAAAUGCACCAGGGAGGAGGAGGAGCGGGAGAAGAGCGACAGCUUAACCAACGUCACCCAGCUGUCCAAACUGCUGUUCGAGCUGGAGCUAAACCUGCUGGAUGUCGCCUUCGAGCAGGACAAUGUCAAGUUUGCGGGCAAAAUCAUUGCAAGACUGCGCGCCUUUGAAGCGUGCCUCCGUGAGCCACAAGUUGAUCAAGUUUUGCGUCGCAAAAUCGCCCGAAUACGCUACGAUCGUGUGCGUGUAGUUGAGGCGUCUGCAGCGAACAUGACGUCUGCUUUGCUGCGUGGAUUUAAGCAGCUGGUGAAGCUAAACUCCCAGUUAGUGCCCCUCGAGCAGGAGGCCGGCAUACGGGGGGUGAAACAAAGAGCCUGGACGGAGUUUUUCCAUCACUCCGAAACUGUGCGCACGAUGCUGAAGACAUCUAGCGACAUUAUCGAACAGAAAGAUUCAUCGACGCUGGUGGAACUUAUGCAAACUGCAAUGAAUACUUCGAGCAAGCAUCUAACCGAAGAGCCUCUGUCUAUGGGCGAUAGAUUGCGCAAAUUUUCCAUGCAAUGCUUGCAAUGUGGAAUCGAUGUUUUGUUAGACGAAGGUCCAUCAAGCUCCAGGGAAGGUAGCAGCAGCGCGAACGACUCUUCUAUGGAACAGCUCGCCGAUGCUCACCUUCGCUUAGCUCGGUACUGCUACGACGAGCUGGACCCGGCGCGCACUGCAGCAGAGGAACUUCCCGUUGAGCGGUUGCUUCUCACAUCCCUUCUGCCAGCGAUCAAAUAUGGGUCUCGUGAGGCUCGGCACCUAUUUCCCGUGCUGCUGCAGCUCCGGAAUCUUCAAAACGAUGUGCUCGGGAAAGAAUUCCACGAAAACGCGUGCUCCGUGCCUUCGUGGAACUUUCUUCCCUGGAUACCGCAGCUACUGUCGUACAUGCAGAUAGCAACGCCCGACAGGCCACUAGCACCGAGUGGAGUGGAACACUUUCUGGACGAAGUUUUAAUGCGACUCGUCCAGGAGUACCCGAUGGCGCUCUACUUCCCCGCGCGUUUACUGCUAGGAGAGCUGCUGCAGCCCGGCGCGUCGAUGCGACCGUUUGUAAAUCAGUUCCGAGCGGCUCUAAGCUUCCCCGUGCUGGAUCGCUUCGUGGCAGAACUGUACCGCGUGGUGAUGCCGGAAACGCGGCUCAGCAACAUGAUAGCCGAGCUGAAAAGGCAUCUGGCUAGCGUAACCGAUCAGCCUUCCUACCGCACGUUCAUCGAGCGUCUAGUGCCCGAUGUCUUCCCGCAGGACACGAACGAUCUGUGGCGCUACGGGCAAGCUUACCGUGCCGCAUUGCCCCUUGUCGAACGGUUUCGAACGUUGCAGUCGCUUCAUCCGUUGGAAGAUCGCGGUACGAUACUGGCGAAGCUGCAGGAACUCGAAACCAACCUCGAAUCGAUGCGACCGCGCACCAAAACGACCCGCCUGCAGCUGGAAGAUCUUUCCCCCUGGCUGGCGGAUUACCACAGCAGUGGGCAGCGCGGCAGCACAACGCAGUUGGUCGAAAUUCCGGGCCAGUACGGACUCGAUCGGGGUGCACCGAACCCCACUCAGCACGUGACGAUCGUGAAGGUCAUGCCGGAUGUGGUCGUGUACGGUACGCUUCGGCUGCCCAUACAGCUCACGUUCCGCGGUAGCGACGGCAACGAGUAUCGCUUUUUGGCCAAGUUUGGCGAAGAUCUGCGGCAGGAUCAACGCAUCCAGCAGCUGCAGCGGGAGAUAACGCACCGGCUGCGGUGGGACCAGCGCUGCCGGGAGCAGCAGUUGCAGCUGCGCACGUACGACGUCGUUCCGAUAAUGCCCAAUUUCGGGCUGUUCGGAUGGCUGGAGGGGACGGUGGCGAUGAGCGAAAUAGCGAAGCAGGCCGCACCCCGUUACAACCCGGGCGAUCGCGGUCAGGCACACGUGCACCACGAGUUCGGGCGCUUUCUGAUGAGCGUAUCGAAGCAGCUGGACCCGUCGGCAAACGAUUCGUUCAACCUUUCGUCGUACAACGCGCCGGCACUGUACGGGAUGGCGGCCGCGUUCUGCAUGCCCGACCGGCUACAGUCGAAGUUUGUCGAGCUGGCACAGACGAUCCGCGGCAACACGCUGAAACGUGCGCUGUACGAUAUGGCUGCCACGCCAGAAGCGUACUAUCGGUUGCGCAUGAACUUUGCCAAAAGUUUGGCCACCAUGAACGUGACGUGCUGGGUGCUCGGGAUCGGUGAUCGGCACCUGAGCAACAUUGUGCUGGAACGGGCGACCGGUAUGCUGGUCGGUGUUGACUUUGGCAUUGCUUUCGGCGCCGGGACGCGGGAUCUACCCAUUCCGGAGCUGGUACCGUUCCGGCUUACGCCCCAGUUCGUGAGCGUAAUGGAACCGAUGCGCUUGGCGGGUGUGUUGCAGAAAUGUCACCUGUACACGCUGCAGUGUUUGCGCAACUGCCGUACGCUGCUGCGGGCGUGUCUCGAGGUUUUCGUACGAGAGCCAACGGUGGACUGGUUGCGAGCGGCGAGGCAACGUAUGGUCGAACAGCCGGGCGAGAGUGGCCGGGCCGAGGAGCGACGCUCGGACAGGGAGUGGAACCCGCAGGUGCGUGUGGAUACGGUUUUGCGCAAGCUAAACGGAGCCAAUCCAAAGCAGCUGCUGACGGACGAGCUGCGGUUCGGUGUCGUCGCUCAGCAGCGGGACUUUUUGGUCGGCUAUCUAGCGCUGGUCGAUGCGGCGGCUCCGGCCUGCACUGAAAAGGUGGGCCGGCGUGCAACGGCCACGAUCUCGACGGAGCUGCAAACCGAGAUGCUGCUAGAGAUGGCCAUCGACAGCAGGUUGUUGGGCAUUACGUACAGUGGAUGGUAUCCCUGGUUCUAGGUUAGAAUGGACUGGCAUAUUUAUUCACCGAUCAUUUGUUGGGUGUAAACAGUUUGAAAUUGAUAAUGAUGAAAGAUGUAACGUGCUACACACUUUUCGAGAAAUACAAAUGAGUCACAAAACAUUA